AUGGGCAUCCUGUUCGACACACCCCGGCCCAGAACCCGCCCGCCGCCUGCCACGCUGCACCGCUGCUUCCUCUAUAAAGGGACCCAGGCAUCCGAGCCCAGCAGCCCCGCACAGCAGGUUCUCCCCAUGACUGCAUCUGGACAUCUCUACUUCCUGAGGGCAGGCGGGGGCGCCCCCCUCCUCCUCCUUCUGGGGCUGCUGCUGGUCCUACCACCUGAGAUGCAGGGGCUCCCUGGCAUUGGCCUCUCACCCUCGGGUGCCAGAAAGGCCCAUGAGCACCUCCAGAACCGCCUCACCCAGCACACCCUCAAACCUGCUGCUCACCUUGUCGGAGACCCCAGCACCCAGGAGUCCCUGCGCUGGCAAGCAAACACGGAUCACGCUUUCCUCCGCCACGGCUUCUCUCUGAGCAACAAUUCCCUCCUGGUCCCCGCCAGCGGUCUCUACUUCGUCUACUCCCAGGUGGUCUUCUCCGGAGACGGCUGCCCCACCGAGGCCAGCCCUCGCUACCUGGCGCACGAGGUGCGGCUCUUCUCCUCCCAGUACCCCUUCCACGUGCCUCUCCUCAGCACCCAGAAGUCCGUGUGCCCCGGCCUGCAGGGACCCUGGAUGCGCUCCAUGUAUCAGGGGGCCGUGUUCCUGCUCAGCAGGGGAGACCAGCUGUCCACCCACACCGAGGGCAUCGCCCACCUGUUCCUCAGCCCCAGUAGUGUCUUCUUUGGGGCCUUUGCUCUGUAG